CGAGAGAGCGAGCGAGCUACGCACGAAAGAAGGGGCCGUCCCGCCCUUCGACGAUGAGGCCUCACCACGCCAGGGGCCUCCUCAUCCUCGCCUCGCUCGCGUCCGUCACCUUCCUGCUCUCCUACCACUUCACGCUGAGCCACAAGGAGCGGCAGCGGCAGACGCAGCGGCAACACCGUCUCAACGCGUCGCUCCAAACUCCCCUCCGCUCUCCGUCGAGACCUCGGCCUCCCGGAGGCUGUUGCCGGUCCGCGGGUCGGCGGACGCCCCCCCCUACCGGUAGCGGCGGUGGCGGUGGCGGCGGCGGCUGCCCCCCCGCGCAGACGGAGGCCUUUGAGCCGGUGCCGGGGGCCCCGGUCCUCGUGGUGUCGGCCUACUGGGAUGACCGGGAGACGCCGGGAGGAGCGGCACGGUUCCUUGCGGUAGUGGAGCGCGGCAAAGUCGGACGACUCCGCUGCCUGGUGUGCUGUCCCGGUGCAGGAGGAGGAGAGGAUUCGGCCUUCGUCCUGCCGGUACCGGCCAGGAUCUCGAUCCACGAGAGCCACUUUGGCUUCCCGUGGGGCCUCGCCUUCGUGAGCUGCGAUCUUCCCGUCGACGGCGUCGUCCCCGGAGAUCGCCCCCGGGGGGGGGCGACGUGCGGCCACGUGCACUACGCAGCCCUACAGGCUGCGGACGGGGAGGCGGGAGAGGGUGGAGAGGGGGGAGAGGGCGGAGAGGGGGUCACCUUCACACAGAUCGGAAACUUGCCCUGGGCAACGCCGGGUCUAGAGUCUGAGCCUGGGCCUGGCCUAGACCCUGGGCCUGGGCCUGGUCUAGAUCCUGGGCCUAGUCUAGACCCUCAUCCUGGGCCUGGUCUAGACCCUGGGCCUGGUCUAGACCCUGGGCCUGGUCAAGACCCUGGGCCUGGUCUAGAACCUCAUCCUGGGCCUGGCCUAGACCCUGGGCCUGGUCUAGACCCUCAUCCUGGGCCUGGUCUAAACCCUCAGCCCGUGCCGGGCCCCGCCGUCCCCGGCUACCGCCGCCGUAGCCGCCGCUACCGCCACGACUUCUCCGUGUGCAUCUCGACCCUGUGGGGCGGCUACAACAACGUGCUGCAGUUCGCGCAGACGCUGGAGAUGUACCGGCUGCUGGGCGCCACGCUCGUCACCGUCUACAGCAGCGGCGCGGGGCCCGGCCCGCAGCUGGCGGCCCUCCUAGCCGUCUACGAGUCCCGCGGCUUCGUGGAGAUGGUGCCGUGGCCAGUCGGGCGCCACCUGAAGCCCUCCACCGGCUGGCACUACCCGAAGCACCCGGGGCAGCUGCACUACCACGGGCAGGUGGCGGCGCUCAACGACUGCGUCCACCGGAGGUCGGGCGACUCGCGCUACGUUGUCCUCAACGACGCGGACGAGGUGAUCGUGCCGAGCGACGACGACGACGACGGCGAGGGCUGCGUCGACUGGGCCUGCUUGCUGGGCCGCGUUCGGAGCGAGCGCCACAGCGGCAAAUCCGCUGCCGCCGGAGCGAACGGCGGCGACGGAUCCGCCUCCGAUGGGUCUCCAAACGACGGCGACGACUUCGACUCCGACACCUCCGUGGCCGUCUACGUGUUCGAGAGCCACGUCUUCCCGUACACUGUGGCCGACGGCCCCAGCGCCUACCCUGGCUGGGGCUCCUCAAACUCCUCCUCAUCAUCCUCCUCAUCCUCCCACGCCGUGCCCGGCUGGGACAUCACCCGCAUGGCGUGGCGUGAGCCCAGCCUCCCGGCGGGUUCCUUUAACCCCACCAAGCUCGUCGUUGACCCGCGCGCCGUCACCAGCACGUCGGUCCACGCCGCCCUCCAUCUGCGAGGGGGCGGCGGUGCCACGGUGGAGGUCCCGCCGCGCCUGGCCAGGAUGCACCACUACCGCACGCCGGAGCAGCCCCGGUUGCCCCGCGCGGCCCUCGUGCCAGACGCGUCGUUGAGGAGGUGCGCCGCCGGACGCCUCGUGGGCAACGUCAACGCGGCGCUGAGGCUCGCAGGGCUGCUGACGUGA